CUUACCUUCUCCUCCGCAGGAGACGUCAGCAUUUACCGAGGAGAUCCGGCUCUUGAAACCAAUGGACCUUUGGCCCCUAACAACGCACACCGGGGGGAGGCUUGGCAUUACAGGAGAAAAAAAGGGGGCUGCCGAACAAGGUAUCAGUUUGACUCGACAGUGCCUGCGGCUUGUGUUUCGAACGAAAGAAACCGAGAAGGCGUACGAUGAUCCCGAGCACGGGAGCAGGUGCAGCAAACCCCACCCUUUCCGACCAAACCAGCCCUCGAUCGGCGCAGACGUCUAGGGCCGUCGCGCACCUCAGCGCCGAGAGGCUGGCGAGGAAGCGGGCCAUCGACAGGCAGAGCCAGAGGCUCCAGAGGGAGAAGACCAAAUCGCGCAUCAUCGAACUCGAAGAAGAGGUCCGUCAGCUCAGGGAAAAGUUAGAAGCAGUGGAGCGGCUGAACUCCCGACUGGCCCAGGACGCGCAGAAGACGAAGGCGGCGGUUGCGUCGGCGGUGACCAGUUUGCAGGCCGUUCCGGCGGUGUCAAGCAAUAGGCAGCAAUGGCGACCAUCUGCCGGUGCAUCGACAAUCGGUGAGACGUCGGGUAAACCCGACAUGGACACUCGGCAUGACAAGGCAGCCUCUAUGGUGGCUUUCUCCAACGAUACUUCUCUGCCCCUCCAGUCCUUCGUGGCCUCUGGGGAUUCGAUUAGGUUCGACGACCAAGAUAUCGACCAUGGAGCGUGGGACAAUGUUGGAUUUGUUGGGUUUGACAUGAAACCUCCAACAGCCAGCAGUGGAUACGACCCGAACCCCCUUCCCUCGGUCCCAAAUACCUUCCAUGCCACCGGGUACAUGCCUUAUUCGAUGCAGCAGUUCGAGAGCGACUUCAACUUUCCACAAUUUCCAUCCCACGUAGCCCUAGACUCGCCCGCGGUAACAUACCAUUCGAGACUACAGGCGAAUAACGCCCGCGCAGCGAAGCCCAUCUGGGCCAUCACGCCCAGCUACUGCGACCCGACUUGCGCCACGGACAGACUUCUGCUCAAGUUGGUCCAAGACCUGAGGGCAGCCCACAGCGGUGACGGUGACGGUGACGGCUGGGAGGAGGCGAAGGAGGCAAGCUUUCCGAGCGCCAACUCGUUGCUGGAUUCCAUGAAGGUCGACGUCUGUCGGCCAUUGGCAUCGGCGAUUGCGAGGCAUCUUGUAGGAGAGAUCAUGGUAUCUUCAUUACCUGAGAGCGCAGCGUUGCUGUACAUGACAGGCAUCAUCCUACGUUGGGUUAUCUGUCCCGCGGAAUCAUACUACGACGCAAUACCGGACACAUGGAGACCUACCGGAGCCGAACUUACAACCCCUCAUCCCAUAUGGGUGGGGAUCAUGCCGUACACCAUCUGCCGCGACAGCAUCAUACGCUUCAUGGAUUACACGAGGCAGGAGGAGUUCAGGGACAUGGCCCGGGCCACAUUCUCCGUCAAUUGGCCGCGCGACGGACAUGCGAUAGUUGAACGCUCCCCGGAAGGGGGAGUCGUAUUGACGGAAGGGUUCAGGGCGCACGCACGAGAUCCAACCAACUGGACAUUCGGGCAGGCCGUUGUGGACAGUUUCCCCUUUUUGGCGGGCAAGAUCAAGGUUGGUGGUAGUGGCUAUCCCGCACAGUAAUAGUAAUUAUCCUCUCUACGAUCCAAAUCUAUCCUUCUAUCCCAGCCGGUGCGAUUGAGUUUGCUAGGUAGAAGCGUGAAAUCGCUGG